GAGAAUCAUUGGCAACACUAAGGACCACUAGAAUGAGUGACAACACUACUUUGGUUCCUCCAACUUCAAGCCAGGGCCCCACCACCCCACGCAAAGGGCCCCCUAAGUUUAAGCAGAGGCAGACUCGUCAGUUCAAGAGCAAACCUCCUAAGAAAGGUGUGAAAGGAUUUGGUGAUGACAUUCCUGGCAUGGAGGGGCUAGGGACAGAUAUCACAGUGAUUUGUCCCUGGGAGGCAUUCAGCCACCUGGAACUGCAUGAACUCGCCCAGUUUGGAAUCAUUUGAGACUCCAGAAGUUCUACCACUCUCAGUAGCAUCUGCUGUAACCUCAAUUACUUUUACCCCAAAUGGUCUGCCAGUCUUAAAAUUCAGCUGUUUAGAAGUAGCUUUUUCAAUUUAUAGUCAUUUCCCAUAAGUCACUACUAGUAAUUUUCUUAACAUCAGACUCUUUCUUGCUGUAUAGAUCAGCUUAGACUAGUUUAUAGAAAUUAACAUUGGUUAGGGCAUUUCAGACUUUACCAUCUUUUCUUCUUCUUUUUCUUCUUCUCCUUCUCCUCCUUCUUCUCCUUCUUCUUUUUUAUUUGCCUUCAGGGUUAUUGCUGGGGCUUGGUGCCUACACAACGAAUCAAAUCCACUACUCCUGGAGGCUAUUUUUUUUUUCUCUCCUUGCCCUUGUUGUUAUUGUUGUUGGAUAGGACAGAGAGAAAUGGAGAGAGGAGGGGAAGACAGAGAGGGGGAGAGAAAGACAGACACCUGCAGACAUACUUUACCGCUUGUGAAGUGACCCCCCUGCAGGUAGGGAGCCGGGGCUUCGAACUGGGAUCCUUAUGCUGGUCCUUAGGCUUCACACUUAGGACCCACUGUGCUACUGCCCAACCCCCUUUACCACCUUUUCUUAUCAACUGUUAGAUGUCAUCAAUAUUUCUUUGCAUUCUGUUUAUUUAAUUCAUUCUUCAAGUUUGUUUUUGGUAGGUAUUCAUCAUGAUUAGUAAUUAGACUUUUUUUUUUGUCACUAAGGUUAUUGGUGACAUAUGGCUUGGUGACAGCAUUAUGAAUUCAUCACUCCAGCCAGCCAUUUAGAGAUUUUUUUUUUUUUCUGGUAGUUGGGCGGUAGUGUCACAGGCUAAGCACACGUGGUGUGAAGUGCAAGGACCAGCAUAAGGAUCCUGGUUCCAGCCCCCGGCUCCCUGGGAGUCUCUAUACAGGCAGUGAAACAAAUCUACAGGUGUCUUUCUCUCCCCCUAUCUGUCUGCCCCUCCUCUCUCCAUUUCUCUCUCCUAUUUAACAACCACAACAUCAAUAACAACAACAAUAACAACUAAAACAACAAUAAAAAGAAAACCAACAAGGGCAACAGAAGGGAAAAUAAAUAAAUAAAUAAAUAUAAAAAUUUAAAAAAAGAAAAUGAAUUAAAUUUUUUUCUCUCUACUUUAUUUAAUAGAACAGAGAGAAAUUAAAAGGGCAGGGGAAGAUAAAGAGGGAGAGAGAGAGAUAGACAUGUGCAGACCUGCUUAACACCUUGUGGAAUAUUUCCUCUGUAGGUGGGGAGCAGGGGAUCCAACCCUAUUCCUUGCACAUGAUGACAUGUUAUGCUCAAUAGGGUGUGCCACCAUCUGGCCACCAUAAUAAGACUUUUAAAGAUAACAUUUAGACUACUCUCUUUCCUAUGGCAUUAAAAAAGGAAAUAUUUACCUUGAAUCCUGGGGAGAAGUUGUAUUAAAUGCUGUAUGUAAAUGGCACUCAGAAAGUGCCUUGUUAGGAGGACUGGUUAAAUCAAGAAUGCACAGUCAUACAAGAAAUAAACAUAGUGCAAGAAAAGACAUCAAAAUCCAAAGUCAAGUUCUGCUUCUACCUUAUUAUAGUGUGAAUCAUGCACUUUCUGGAUCUAGAUUAUCCCGAGAUAUGAUUUAAAAUAGCUGUAAAUCUUACAACUCUAAGGUUAGGUGAGAAGAUUUCAACACAGGACUGGACAAUAUGAGUCUUCUUUAAUGUCAUGAUUGAAUUGCUUGAGAUUUAUAUGCAAUAAUGUCUGAGAGUGCAGACAGCAGGGAUAAGUAGUUGAACCUUCUCAAUAAAAUGAUGGUUUGCUUCACCCCUGAGAUUGUGUCAAAUGGAAUGUGCACAUAGUUGUCUUUCCCCAAUAAUUUCAGAGCAAUUCUGCAAUUCAAAUGCUGCCUUUAUCUGACUUGUGCGCUUUGGUACCAGAAGUAUUAACUUCCUCAUUUCAGUUGUGUAAUCUAUGGUAAAAGAAUGAAGAAAAUUAACUGAACAGAGAGGCAGGAUAAUUGAGAGAAAAAUAAUUUGGGCUCUAGUACUGACUCAGCCAAUAAACUGCUCCAUAAUUUUGUGCACAGAUGUCAGUCAUCCUUUGAAUCCUCCAGUUUGCCUGAAUUAGGUAAUCUAAAGUUUUGGUAGCCAAAAAAAAAAAAAAAAAAAAAAAAAGACUUCAAGAUCCUCAGAGGCCAAGCAUGAGAAUUAGAGGAACUAAGCACUUAAGAGCAAACCUUUUGCAGCCAACUCUUGUGCACAAAUAAACUAAUUACUUUCUGGCCAGAAAACUAGAAUCUUAAAUGACAUAUUUGAUUAAUAGGGCUAAAGAGGCUUGAUUUCAAGAGCAUGGGAACUUAAGACUCUCCUACUUGGUGGCCGGGAAGUGGCACACUGGUUAAGAGCAUGUUACCAUGUGCAAGGAUCUGAGUUUGAACUCCCCAUUCCCCACUCCCCGCUUGCA